AUGGCUUCACUCUUAGGUUUUAAAGCCUAUGACGGCCCCUCAGGUGUCCCUAUUAACGAUGAGUUUGUGGUGAAAGUCCGCCCCACAUUACUUGGCAGCACUGAGAAGCAGCAAUGGACUCGCGUGCCAGCAUACGCCAUUGAGGUCGCCAACGCCAACAUCGCACGGAACGACUUCAAUAGACAUACAGUGGCGUUAUCAUCAAUUGAUGUCAACGGCCCUGUCGAUAUCAAAGUAACCUUUACGACUUGCCCCGUUGAAAAGGCCAUCAUCCGCCCGGUUUCCCUCGGCAUCGAGACUCAAGUUCAGGAGGGGGAGAUCACAUUCACACUCCACGAGUCUCGCGAUAUCAUGCUUGAAAUUAACGAUAACAAAUGGAAGGCUUUGCACUUGCUCACCAACGAGAUUGAUGCGAACGCACCGACACAAGACAAUGAUGAUAUCUGGUACUUCGGGCCCGGGAUUAAUCAAGGGACCGCUUACUCAAAGGUCACCGACGGAGUCAACUUAAUGGUACCGUCAGGCAAGACCGUCUAUCUUGCCGGUGGUGCAUUCAUCACCUGCAGACUCAACUUUUUCGACGUUUCCAACAGUUCUGUCAGAGGUCAUGGCUUCAUUCUCAGCCCGAAAGGCGGAUACGUCCACAGGGAGCAUGGCGGGGCGAUUCACAUGAGCAACGCAAACAACAUCCUGGUGGAGAAAGUUACGUCAAUUGGGGCCAAUGGCUUCAGUCUGUCGGCCGGAGAAUGCGAUGGUGUUCGUGUUGACGGUUACCGGUCGUUUUCUUUCGCUGCCAACGGCGAUGGAAUCGACUUCUUCUGCUCAUCAAACAUCGUUAUUGAGAACUGCUUCUUGCGGAACUCAGACGAUACCAUUGCCCUCUAUUCCCAUCGCUGGGACUGGUACGGCGACUCCAAGAACAUUACAAUCCGAAACUGCGUGCUAUUGCCAGAGAUUGCACACGCCAUUAAUAUGGGUACGCACGGGAAUCCCGCCAGACCGGAGACGACAAGCAACAUUCGCAUAAGCAAUAUCGACAUCUUGGAUCACGAGGAGAAUCAGCUGUGGUAUCAGGGAUGCAUCGCCAUCAACGCUGCUGACGAGAACCUCUUUCACGAUAUCCACAUAGAAAAUGUCAGAGUUGAGAGGAUCACGAAGGGUCAGUUGUUCAACCUUCGUGUCAUGGAGAACACGAUGUGGACGACAGCGCCAGGGAGGGGGAUCCGGGAUGUUGUCUUCAAGAACAUUUCACUCGACAUGGAACGCUCCAAGGUUGUCAACCCUGCACAGAUCCUGGGUUACGAUCAACAGCGGCAGAUAGAGAACGUCAAAUUUCAAGGGCUUAGAAUUGGGGGUCGAGAAAUCCACGAGGGUAUGGAGAUGCCCGGGUGGUACGUGGUCGCGGACUUCGUUCCUGUCUUUGCCAAUGAGCAUGUCAAAGGGUUAUCGUUUGAGAGUUUGACGUCUUAG